GAAAGUAAUAUUUGAUACAAUAGUAGAACUCUCUAAAGAAAUGGAGUUGUUAACUGCUCAUACUGGAAAAUCAAGCCUUGCAGUGUAACAUUUUAAACAAGCAAUUUGUAACCUAGCAAAAGCCUACAUGGUUGAAGCAAAAUGGUGCCACAAGGGUUACAUUCCAACAUAUGAUGAAUAUAAAGCUAAUGGAAUCUUAACAUCUUGUUGUCCUCUAUUGUUCACAUCAAUGAUAUGUCUUGGAGAAUUUGCAACAAAGGAUGUGUUGGAUUGGAUUUUUAGUGAUCCAAAAAUCCUUCAAGCUUCAUCAAUUAUUGGCAGAGUCAUGGAUGACAUGGCCUCACAUAAGUUUGAGCAACAAAGAGUACAUGUCGCCUCAUCGGUGGAAUGUUGCAUGAACCAAUAUGGAAUUUCAGAAGUAGAAGCCUAUAAGCUUAUUCGCAAGGACAUUGAAGAUUGUUGGAAGGUUAUAAAUGAAGAGUACUUCAAUUCCUACAAUAUCCCCAAAUCUGUGCUUGAUUGUGUAGCUAAUUUUGCACGUAUGUCAGAGUUUUCAUAUGAAAAUCGUCAGGAUAAAUUCACAAAUGGAGAAUUAUUAAAAGAUGAUGUUUCUUCUCUACUUUUGAAUCCUAUUAGCCUCGAAGAAUGCAAGUAGAAGAAGCUGUCUCACAUAUAAGAGGAGCACAUCUUGUUUUAACUUUAGGACGUACUAUCAUAGUGCAAUAUGCACUAGCUAGCAUAAAUAAAAUGGCAUUGUGGGUGUGAAAGUCGAUCGAUUCAUCCUACAUGAAAUGCUCAAUGUGUAAGUUGUGGUAAAUAAUGUUGUUUGUAGUCGUGUGUGGAAUCAUUUGCUAAUAAAAUUUGUGCUUGUUAAUUUUUUUAUCGCUA